AUGGCAUCUCCGACGCAAAUGCAAACUUCAGCGUCCGCCACACAACCUCUCACCCCUCCAGCCGAACCAUCAACAAACAACGUCGCGUCGCAACCCAACGCCAACAAUCCUACAACUCUACCCCAACCACCACAAGUCCCGGCAACGUCUCUCAGAGACAGCGGUAAGUCCCGCCGCCCGCGAGAUGUACGCUUGAUCCACCUCCUCCUCGCCUCUCUUGGCGUCACCGCAUACGAAGAACGAGUUCCGCUCCAACUGCUCGAUUUCGCCUACCGCUACACAUCAGGCGUCCUCCAGGAUGCCGUCCAUCUCUAUACAGAAGGGUACGCGGGGGCAACAGGUAUAGAUGCCGCCCAUAGCGUCGGUAGUGGUCGCGGACCUCUCGAAGUGAAUUCCGUCACACUCCCGGCUCUACGACUAAGCAUAGCCUCCCGACUGCAUUACCAGUUUCAGACGGGCUUGCCGAAAGAAUUCUUGAUGGAUGUUGCGGCGGAACGGAAUAGGGUUGCUUUGCCUGGUGCUAUGAGGGGGUAUGAUUCUGCGGCUAGCGCGGCGCGCACGCCUCAGAGUACUGUGAUGGCUGGGAUGAGACUCCCGCCGGAGCGGUUUUGUUUGACUGGUCUCGGGUGGAAUUUGAAGGAGGGUUGGGAGAGUGAGGGUGAAGAAGAAGUGACGGAGGAGACUCAGGUGACGGCUGCUGCUGACAAUGGGGAUGCUGGUAUUGAAGAGGAGGAUGAUGAGGAUGGGAGGAUGGAGGAUAUUUUUGGUGAAGAUACUGUUAUGGGCGAGGGUGGAGAAGAUGGAGGAGAUAAAGACAUGACGGAUAUCUAG